UCCAGUGUUCAGCCCACCUGCAGCCAACAGUUGUUCAGACUGCUCUGCAACUAACAAAAAGUAAUAUCUAAUUUUGUCUCUGCUCCAAGGCAGGAGCAUGAAUACAUAGAACAGUUAAGGAUGAAAAUACUGUACUGAAUUCUACCACCAUUUGGGUGAUUAAUAAAAAAUAAAGCAUUCAUUUAUUUACUAACCCCUGCAAACACUUCAAAAGCUUUCAACCAAAAUCUUUUCAGAUGAAUGUGCUAAGCAAAGUAAGGACAUCAAGAUGUUAUAUAUUAGUUAAGGUUAAGAAGCUGGACAUGGUGGCACACUCCUGAUGACUCAGGAGGCUCAGACAGGAGGAUUGCAAGUUCAAGGACAGCCUCAGCAAUUUAGUGAGACUCUGUCUCAAUAAUUAAAAAUAAAUAAAUGAAGUACUGGGGAUGUAGCUCAAUGGAAGAGUGUUCCUGGGUUCAAUCUCCAAUACCAAAAAAAAAAAAAAAAACACAGUUAAAGGCUGUGUCCUCUUUUAAAACACAUCACAAGCACACUGCAACUUACCAAGUACAAGUCCUAUACUAAGCCACUAAGAAGGACUGAGCAACCUAACAUUUCCCUGCUCUUUGGAAUUUCUAUGUCAAUUGUGAUUUUUCUCUCACUCUCCAUUCAACACUCAGUAAAAUAAUUACUUAUUUUAAGCACCUGAAAGUGGGAGAACUGUCGAGGAUGAGUUGAAAGGAAGAGUAAACCCAAUAUCACAAAUUGCAUACCAAAAGAGCUGAGUAUCAUCACAAAUGAUUAGCUUUUCUACAUGCCUUGGGAGUUUUGACAGACACCCAAGAACAUUUUAAGAAUCCUAAUUUCUUGCUGUCGCACACCUGUAAUCCCAGUAGCUUGGGAGGCUGAGGCAGGAAGAUUGUGAGUUCAAAGCCAGCUUCAGUAAAAGGGAGGCACUAAGCAACUCAGUGAGACCCUGUCUCUAAAUAAAUUACCAAAAAAAAAAAAAAACCCAAAAAACAGUUGAGGAUGUGGGGCUCAGUGGCUGAGUGCCCCGGGGUUCAAUCCCUGGUAACCCCCACCUCAAAAAAGAAUCCUAAUUUCUCUGUUUUUUUUUUUAAUAAAAGGAGAGAUUUUAUUUUAAGAUAAUUCUUCAAUUUCUCUUAGACUGUCAGCUCCAUCGCUAGUUCAUUAGCGUAACAAUAACUCAGCAGAUUUUAAGUAAAUUCCAGGGACAAAGGGAAAGUUACAUAAUCAAGUCAAUCUGACCUAAUGAGGACAAAUUGGAUAAUUAGGAUAUUAUCAGCUGAUUGCUAUAGACCUGAUAAAAAUUAUCUUCAGCUAGGGAUCCUUGAGGCCUGAUUGGAGAAGGGAUGCUAGUCAACCCACACACCUAAAAUUUAUUUAAGAGACCAAGCUAGGGGUUCCUGGCCUUUAGGAAGAAGACAGGCAUGGGGAAAUGUUUUCCUUGUUAGUUCUCCCAAGCCAUGGCACUUCCCAGCAAAUUUCUCAUUUGGUUUUGCUGUUUUGCCUGGCUGUGUUUUCAUGUUAGUCUUGGUUCUCAGACUUCUAGGGGAGAAGCUCAGAUUGCAACUAAUGCUGAGUUGGAAUCUGAGGCAGAACCUUGGUCUGUGCUGCAACCUAUAGAUGGGACACCCAGCCCUGGCCACCUUUUCAAGUUUCUGUCUGAUGGGCGAGGUGGAGCCCCUAGGCUGCAGCCAGACUCCAGAGCUUUGCACUACAUGAAGAAGCUCUAUAAGAUGUAUGCUACGAAGGAGGGGAUUCCCAAAUCCACUAGAAGUCACCUAUACAACACCAUUCGGCUCUUCACUCCCAGUUCCCUGCACAAACAGGCUCUUGGACAUCAGGUGACAGGAAUCUUUCCAUCAGUGGACCUGCUGUUUAAUCUGGAUCGUGUUACUGCCGUCGAACACUUACUCAAAUCCGUCUUGCUCUACACUUACAAUAAUUCAGUUUCUCCUUCCUCUAUUGUUAAAUGUUGGUGCAACCUGGUGAUAAAAGAACCAAAGUCUUCUAACAAGACUCUCCCUAGAGCUCCUUACUCAUUGAUCUUUAAUUCACAGUUCAAAUUUAGAAAGAAUCACAAGCAGAUUGAGAUUGAUGUAACCCCACUCCUCCAGCCUAUAGUGGUUUCCAGUGAGAGAAAUAUUCACAUGUCUGUCAAUUUUACAUGCACGAAAGACCAGCUGCAGCACCCUUCAGCUCAGGAUGGAUCCUUUACCAUGCCUCUUCUGCCCCCCUCACUGAUCUUAUAUCUGAAUGACACAAGUGCUCAGGCUUAUCACAGGUGGUAUUCCCUUCACCAUAAAAGGAAGUCUUCACAGGGUCCUGACCAGAAGAGUAAUGUGGCUGCCUAUCCCAUGGGAAAAGAGACUGUCAAGGGUGGGAGACCCACCUGCCACCGGAGAGGUCGGGAAAUCAUCACCUCUCAAUUGAAGAAGCCACUGGUUCCAGCUUCCUUCAACCUGAGUGAAUACUUCAAACAGUUUUAUUUCCCCCAAAAUGAGUGUGAGCUCCAUGACUUUAGAAUUAGCUUUAAUCAGCUCAAGUGGGACAACUGGAUUGUGGCCCCUCACAGAUACAACCUUCGGUACUGUAAAGGAGAAUGUCCAAGGGCAGUUGGGCAUAGGUAUGGCUCUCCGGUUCACACCACAGUGCAGAACAUCAUCUAUGAGAAGCUCGACUCCUCAGUGCCAAGACCAUCAUGUGUACCUGCCAAAUACAGCCCCUUGAGUGUUUUGACCAUUGAGCCUGAUGGCUCAAUCGCUUACAAAGAGUAUGAAGAUAUGAUAGCUACCAAGUGCACCUGUCGUUAACUUAAGGUCCUCUAAAUGAAAACCUUGAGCCUAUUUAGCAAAGUAAGUGUUGUGUGCCUCUCUGCUCUCAGGAGAAGGCUUAUGUGUCACAUAACACAUUGUAGAAAUAGGAGCAUAUGCAUGUUAGCACAUUCUGGGGCGUCUGUCUGAAGGGAUAAGGUCAGUUGUUCCUACUUAGCCUUAAUUUCAACACUUAAAUGUAAUUACUUUGGAGAGAUUUAUUUUUUUUUCCCCUGAGCAUUUUUUUUUUCUUUUCACAAGUGUUUUGGUUUUGAUGGAAAAAUUCUAACUUAGCAUAAAUCUAAUGGAAUUGCCGCCACAGAUAUUCAGAGAGCUUUAGUAUUAUGAUAAUGGAAGAAUAAAUUCCUGUCAAUGGCAUAAAUUGUGUGUGUUUUAUUAAAUAAAUUAUGAUUGGGAGAGAAGAAGCAUGUCAAAAAGCUGA